AUGCCACCCGCAAAAUCCUCCCGCAACCACGACGACUCCAAGUUGGACGCUCCCAAUUCCAAAGAAAAAGGCGGAAACGGUCAUACUGCGACAAAGAUGCGUCGUAACGCCAGCCAACAAAAUCAAUCUCACCUUCGAGAAGUUCAGAAUGCUGCCGCUGUUGCUCCUCUACCGCCUGCUGAGGCUGUUCCCCCUAGUGUUGGUCAACCCCCUCCUCCCUACCAUGAUCUUCAGGCGCUCUUCCGGUCUCCCCUUCACUGGGCCUCCUUCGACCGAGACGUUCUCCAUGCCUACCGUCACGAGCACCGCUUGAACACCCCGAGUUCUUUCUCCAGCCCAUACUGCCAAUGGAUCUUGUCACAGCCGAACAGUAUCGGUCUACACUCCCCGACCAUGGUCCGACGUCGGCAAGCCCGACGACAAAGUAAGGAUCAGCUUGCGCUUGCUGUGCGCAAGCACUUCAAUGGCAUGGGUGUGCAAGAGAACGACGUGAUCGUCGACUUUAUUUACAAGAUUCGUCACGAUCCUAAUCGUAUCUCCAAACCUUAUGCGGGCGGCAAGACUAAGGCUUUCAUGAAAUAA